AGACGCACGAAUCGGUUCGUGUCACACGAACGCCUCCGACGGCAAAGUCGCAGCGCAAGCAAUUGCGCAGGCAGUGCAACGAUUGUCGCGUUCGCAGGCCACUAAAAAGUGAUGUAAAUAACAUUUUAAACCCAAAACACCGUAAACAAAGACUUCAAGUACUUAAAUAACAAAAAAACAAAUCGAUAGACGCGUUGUGAUCGCUCAAAACGCCGUAGUAACGGGCUGGUGGAAACUACGACACAAAUUGACGUUCUUGUUUCCAAUAAUUAUGUCGUGAUUUCUUUAUUAAAUCGUACGUUGGACGUUUAGGCUUAUGACUGUUGUUUACCAGAGUGCAGCGUUCCGUUCCCCCUCGUGUAUUGGAUGAUCAGAAAGAGGCUGGCGGCGUGUGUGGAGCGCGCGGCGCGGGGCACGGGCGCGCGCGGCAGGUGACCGUCGGUGUACGCGGCUGAUGUGGGCGGCGGGCGGGUGCUGCUCGCGACAAGCAGGCGAGGGCGCGGCCCGGACGCCGGUCAAGACGUUCCAGGCGUACCUCCCGCCGGCGCACCGGACCUACAGCUGCAUACACUGUCGCGCGCACCUGGCGAGCCAUGACGAGCUUAUAUCUAAGUCGUUUCAAGGCAGCCAGGGGCGCGCGUACCUGUUUAAUUCAGUUGUGAACGUGGGCUGCGGGCCGGCGGAGGAGCGCGUCCUGCUCACGGGCCUACACGCCGUCGCCGACAUCUACUGCGAGUGCUGCAAGACCAUGCUCGGCUGGAAAUACGAGCACGCCUUCGAAUCCAGCCAAAAGUAUAAAGAGGGCAAGUUCAUAAUAGAACUGGCUCACAUGGUGAAAGAGAACGGGUGGGAUUAGGCGCGCGGUCCUCACACCCCUUGGGCCGCGCGCCGACGUGUCAUAUCGGAGACUGUGCGAAGGACUCUUGUGAUGAGACAGUGAGACAGUGAGUUCCAUGCCGCAGCGGCCUGCAGCAGUUCCUGAUGCAGCGCCGGGCGAGGCCGAGCGCCGAACCAUAGGGGCCGGCUCCAACAUAGGCAACCCGGUCGCUCCCGACCUAUAGUUGCUUGGUUUAAUCCGGCCCCGCUUCCGACGCAGCACGAUCAGACGCCGCAGCAAACCGAAGUAUUUUUGACACAUUAAUUAUUAUUGAGCGACGGCGGCUGAUCGCGCUACGUGUGGGGAUAUCGCCUUAUGUGCUCCUUUCGUACUUUAGUCGGCUUCACGCUUACCCGCCAGUCAACGUAAUACAUAAGUUAUCGAUCUCAGCCUCUCAAGGCUCCGCAUGGGCUUAGGAUUAACUAUAAUUUGAAACGAUUUCGGCCGAACGGCUUUCGUACAUCGUAAGUUGUCUUAGUUUUUAUAUCGUACCGUAUUAAGAGAACACUUAUUCUUUCUCUUGUCCCCUUAACCUGUGAUAAGUAUGUUAGUAUAGAAUUUUUGGAUUACUUGGAAGGAUUUCGAGAUGCUCAGAUGUCAGUUGUAUGUUCCUAAUUUCAGCUGUACAAUUUGCUUUAUAUUCACAAGGUAACUAGUCGAAACGUGGAAGAUUCCUUUAAGUUUUUUUCGCUUGAUGAAGUGAUUUAUUUUUUAGUUUUAAUCAAUAUGGAGCUAGAUUGCUCCGCUUAGUUUUUUUAUUGUUAUUGGAACAUCUUCAUUAGCUUAAUUAAUAGCUAUUUUAUUUUGACAUGGAGAGAGGUAAUCUUUCUACAGAGAAUAAUAAUAAUAUAGCAUAGAAGAGACACUUUACACUUUGUGUAAGUCGCUUCUGAACUUUAAAUAUUUGUCUCGUCGAUUUAUGAUUAAUUUUAGUUGACAGAGAGCUGAAUAAGGAGAGGCGAUUAGAAGGUUUUAUUAUUCAUUUAUUGUUUCUAUGGGGUUUUAAUAAUUAGUAGUACGUUUAUCCAAUAUUUUAUCUUUAACUGCAUGGUACUUCAUUUACGUAAUUGUAAACUUACUUUCUAAGAACUUGCAUGAGCUUCAAAUGGGUUUUGUAAUCAGAGCGCGCGAAACGACGUGAGAGACUUAUCUUGUAGUGGAAUAAUGUUUAAUUCCUUUAAUACACACGAAAACAUUAGGGGCUACCCGAGGUUUUCAUCGAUUUUUGACAAGUUUUGAAUUGUAUCUCCUACUUAUGUGUAGACAGAAUUAUAAGACAAACGGCUAUCGGUUCUUCAAUCUUACAGCUCUAUUUUUGUUUACUGGAUUUUGAAAGAAAUUAAUACUUUUUUAAAUGAUUUUCUUAAACAUUGUCCAAAAAUACACUUUUUUCCUUUCUCGAUUGCUGUGAAAGAUCUUACAUGUACGAAAUCUACAUAUUUGGGUUCGUCUUUCACGUCUCUAAAACUGGUCAGAGGUUGUAAUUUUAAACUAAUUAACACAAAAGCUAUGGCCAGAAAACCAGUUUUUUGGCCUGAAAUUUAACAAAGAACUUUGAAGUAAAUAUGGGAUACUAUCUAUACUUAUUGCUUAAAGCCGUUGCGUUAAAGGGAUUCAAAUCGAAGGUCAUUGGGGCAUGGGAAUCAUGGGAUCCCCUUAAACAAAUUUCAAAGUCACUUAUCUAAAGUAUCCUUUUAUACUUUGCGGAAUUCAGGACCCGUUUUUAGUGAUGCGGGUGCCCUAUGCUAAUGAACUAUUAGGUAAUAUAAAAGUACCUUAACGACACAUAGUAUAGCGGACACUUACAAAAAAAACAUCCCCUAAACAUUUCAUUUCAAAACCUAUUCGAUAUUCACAAAGAACUGGUGUUUGGAUUAGGUACAUAAGGUAAGUUUGUCGCUUCAAUGAAUGAUUUUUCUAAGAAUUGACGUCCGAUUUCUGUAGAGCUAAAGGAUAUAUAUCUAUGGAGUUUUAGUAUUGUAAAGAUAAUUUGGGAUACAGAAAAUAUAUUUCGAAGAAUGAAUGAAAAUAUUAAGUAAAAAUCUAUUUUAAUAAAACUUCAAAAUUUCCCCGCUACAUUGGCCAUGUUUUUCUGUAUCCCUUAUUAUCUAAACGCAAUGUUCAGCCGUCGCAAACCGUUAAACCAGAGUCAUAACUGCCACUAGCGUAUAAAUACAUCUGUAAUAUUUAUAAAGAUAUAUUGUCAUGGUAUAAAGUGACGCUCGGUGUAUUCAAGUUGGAUUUUUUUGUACAAUAAGACGUUUCUGGUUUGUGAAGCCACUCUACCCAACCGUACUGCUAGAAUGAAACAGGCAAAUGUUUUCAAGCCCAUAACCGGACGGUCAAAUCAAAAGUGAUAUUCAAACAGUUCGUUCAACACGCAGUACAAAUAAUAGGCAUAAUAAAGUAAAAGGUGCCUUAUAUUUUUAAUUUCCAAGAAGACCAGAAACUUUAGCAUGAUCGGAAUUAUGUCUGAUAUUAAAGCUUUCGUCCCCUUCUGACAAAUAUGUAAGUGCGAAAGGGAUGAACGCUCUAUGUUAACAUUGAUGUGGUCAUGCUUGCAAGUCAGCGAUAUCUCACUAUAGUUUUGACAGUUGGAUAGGGUGGCCUAGUCUAGUUGCGCAUUUUAGAUAGUUUAUUUUUUAUUCUGACAACACCAACAAGAAAUGUAAGAAAAAAACAUUAGAUUUUCAGAGAUUGUAUAUAGACAGAUAUGAAUACUAUCUCCUUGAUCUGGAAGGUUAUGCGAUGUAGUGUUUCGAUUUGUCUAUACAGGUACAUGUUGGUAGUAUUUAAUCAAUAAAAUGAACAUUUUCAAUGCAAAUUGCUGUAAGAUUGUGCUAUCAAUGUGUAAUAACUUAUCUAACAAAUUUCCAAAUUAUUUAAACUUUUGAAAUUAUUUUCUUAAACUUUUCCUAAAUACAUAUUUAUCUAUCUAUAUAGCUAUUUACACACCACAGAUAAAAUAACAGAUGCGUCUUAAUGUUCAGUGUAAGUGAUAAGGAUAAAAUGUUAUCCAAACAAACAAUAUUUCUAUGUAGGAGAGUAAUUUUGAAUAUACAUUUUGGCAAACAUGUAAAGCCCACCGCAGACGCUGCGAAAUGAAAUGUUUAGUUCUGAUGACGGUAUCAGAUUUCAAAGAAGUAACAGAUUUGGCGAGCCAAUCAGAAUGUCUGUUCAACCAGCGUUACCACUACUGUCAAAUAAUUUGUUUCGAUAAUAUUGUAAACGAAAAUACGUUGCAAGUUCACUUGUCUAUAUAAUAAUCGUAUUAACUUUUAUCAUAGGAUAAAAUUAAGUGUAUUGCUGCACAGUGUUCAAUGAAAAUAAGUGGCUGAAUAGAAAUAUUGUAGUCUCAAAACCCCAUUAAAAAACUGUACAUUGUUUGUGGUUCGCAGAAGACACGCUUUGUAGACUCGUGCUUUCGGUCAACGAAAUCAGUUAAGCGAUUAUAAAUCUUGUUGUAUUUGGAUAAGAUUUAAAAUUAAUUAAUGACUGUUUGUAAUAAGCUAAGCCGGACUUCGAAGUUUUAUAAAUGUUUCAUCUUUUCUCGUGCCGUUAGAGUGAAUGGGAUAGACAAAGGCUUACACUGACCCGGCUAGUCCGGUGAUAGCAAUAGAUUUAAUUGAUUGCCUUCUAUAAAAUCAAAUUUUCAUCUUAAGCGACAAUAUUUUUAUUUUUUAUCUACAUCAUACUAGCGAUUUUCAAGCUUAGUUUUUCCAUCAUCUUACCUCUUACCAUAGACUAAGAAGUCAAAUACGUUGAAGCAUAACUACGUGCGAAGUGCCUGAGGUGAAAGAACAAUCGAUCACAUCACAGCUCAUACUGUUGCAUAAAUUUUAAUUUUUUUAAAGGCACACCGAAUACGUGUGCCCAGACGUGCAAAUGCGCGUUUUAAUAUACACUAUACAGAUCCAUUUGAGAGAUGGCACAGUGCCUGCGUGACGUGUGCGUAUUUUAUUGCACGCGCACGUCCCAUAUCUACGCACACGCAGCCAGUUGUGCUCUGGCCUUUUAGCUUCAUUUUAAAACGUGACAUCUGUCAAAUAAGUUAUGCCCUAGGUCUAGGUAGUUCACUAGUUUCAAACUCAAGCUUGCAAAACUGUAGUAUGAAAUCACUGUACAAAAAUCCAUUUUCAUUUUGAACAUUAUGCAACAAAAUGGCAAUUUAUUUCACUCCGUCACUGUAAUUUUUUUAACAAAUCGCGUAACAGAAAUUUGAAAAAGUACGAGAAAAUCAGGGCAACUAUUUCCACCGCUUCCCGAGCGUUCAUCUAUGACCAGUAUAGUUCUUACAUGUCUUAUAGUUUCUACAGACGGCCGCACCGGACCGCGACCUUGUGUAAGGUGGUCCCCUGGCCGCAGACGUUCGGAAUUUUUGCGUGCGGAAUGACAUGUGCAAGCGAGACAGCGCUAUGCAUUUGUAGAGCGACGUCCCGUUCCCUCCUGUCAUUCCGAACGGAAACCGAAUGAAAAUUCUAAACGUCUGCGGCCAUGGUAAGUGAGAGCGAAAAAGAGAUAUUUUUACCCGUCUGUAACAGUUUUAGAGUCACGCUUAGGCCUCAUCUCACGAGCGCUUUUUCAACGCGCGUUAAAAAAGCGUUUGAAUGACAAAUGAUGGCGGUAGUGCUUUUUAUCAAGCGUUGUUGGACUUUUAACUUUAAGCCUUGGUCUUAAUUGUAAUCGAAUUUAGUGUGCGAGCAGAUUCAAGCGCUUUUUUAACGCGCGUUGAAAAAGCGCUCGUGUGUAGGGUCACUUACAUUGGUUAUCCCGGUAAGCGUUCGGAAUACGCCCGGCUAGGAGGCAUAUUUAAAAGUAUUUUUCUACUUGAUCGUUUAGGGACGCUGUGUAGAUAUUUUUGGACCAUUGUUGCGAUAUGAUCAGUAUUGGAUAGUGUUAGAUGGUUGGACGUGAUUUGUCGAGAUUAGUAAACGCUUUGUAUAGAGAGAUAAUGCACCCUAUAAACAUUUAAACAUCUGUCUAUUCCUCGAAUAAAAAAAUAAAAAAAUUUGAAGCAUUGAUUCUCUAAUGGCUAAUAGAACAUAGCGUACGCUGUGGCAAUAAACAGCAAAAAUGUAAGAUCAGUUUUUUUUGCAACUCAUGCCUUAGAGUCCCUUGCUACGCUCUAGAUCUAAAUCAGUCACUCGCCACGCUUGUGAUUUUAUUAUAGAAUUUUUCACUUGCUCGGGAGUCGGGAUUCGAAAUCAGCACUCGCAGCAAAAAGUAACUUUGAUUUCUUGUUGCACAAAUACCUUUUUUUUAAUCUGAAUGUUAAUAACAGCUUGCCAUCAUAUGUUUUGAAAGGCGCUGGGAAGCGCCUCUGUCAUGCACAUACUAUUUCUAUCAUCAAGGUUAGAGGGUUUACCUUUUCUGCAUGAAAACAUUCGUCCCUUCUCGUUCUAGCUCGUAAGAGUGAAAGGGACGAAUAUUUUUCUGUCAGCAAAAGUGUGUUAAAUUAUUCUAGGAAUAGACAGGCACGGUCUUAGUGUUAACUUGUGACCAUUGUAUGGGCAAAGUAUUUAUUAAUGGUGCAUUUCAUUAUGUGUAACGCAUAACGUCCUUAGCUGUACUUCCAUACAAGGUUAAAUCUUAAGUUAGAACAAAAAUUUGAAAGUUCCGAACAACUGACAGGCCGAUAUCGUCCGGCGGACUGGUAAUGGGCCCCUUUAAUAUAUAUUAUAGUGGGUCUGUGACUGUGAAGGACCGUCCACACUCAUGCCGCAAUCAUUGAAUACUUGAAUAGAUUACCAGAGGAAAUAAAAUUAUUAAUUGUUAAAAUUAGCAAUGAAUGGACGCAUAUUAUGUCUAUAUGACAGAUAUUAAUUUAUUUUCUACCUUAUACCUAAGAUCUUUAGGUAGAUUUUUGCGUGUACAUUUGUAUGGGAGUACAGUUAGCCACACAAGUAAUCCGUUAGGUACAGAACCGCUUCAUAUUUUUGUAUUCCCUUAGUGUAAAGGAGUUUGGUGUCUUCUAAAGAUGUACGCAACAUGCUAUAGAUGAAUAUUUUAUAAAUAUUUGGUUGAAAUAAUAAGUGCGUAAUAAAACACUUUUUCGUAUCAAAA